AUGAUGCGUACGAUGAACGCCUUGGAGCGCUCGUUUCCUUGGGCCGGACUGCUCCAAGACACUUUUGGAGAGCUGGCUGAGGCUCAGAAACAGGUUUCCCUAACGGACAACGGCUUCUCUGUCGGCAUCAACGUCGGCGAGUUCAAGCCGGAAGAUCUGAAGAUCAGCCUCGUCGAUCGGAUGCUGACCGUAAAUGGAGAGCACAAUGAGCAGACUGAAGAGGGUUCCGUCCGCCGCUCGUUCUCCCAGAGUUUCCGCGUGCCGGAGAACGUCGACAUCGAGCAGUUCAAU